AUGGGAAUGCUCAAGUGGGCCUGUGGUUGGAUGCGAGUGGAUCGAAUCAGAAAUGAAGGCGUCAUGGCGGCUAUGCAAAGAGCCCCAGUCCAGCUGAAGACGAGAGAGCAAUGCUUGCGAUGGUUCGGACAUGUGCUGAGUAGACCACAGAAUCAUCCGGUAAGGGUGGCAAUGGAGUUCGAAGCUCACAGUAAGCGACCACGAGGAGCCCCAAAGAAGAGAUGGCGGAACGUGAUCAAGAAGGACCUCGUAGAAGUCAAAAUAAUGACAGAAGAUGCCGUAGAUCGAUAG